AAUGUUUUUUCAGCACGAUUAACGACUGUCACGUUUCUCACGAAGACUACGAACAUGCUUGCUUAAUUUGGGAUACAUUCAAAAUUAAUACUUUACAACAAUACGCAGAAAUAUAUUUAAAAACAGAUGUUUUGCUUCUUGCUGACAUUUUUGAAAAUUUUCGAUUGACUUGUUGGAACACGUACAAACUGGAUAGUUUACAUUAUUAUACUGCGCCAGGGCUCGCUUUCGAUAGUAUGCUAAAACUUACGGGGGUUGAAUUAGAACUACUAACUGAUAUUGAUAUGAUAAUGUUCCUAGAACGAGGGAUACGUGGGGGUGUCUCGCAGGCGUGUAAUAGAUAUGGAAAAGCAAAUAAUAAGUACAUGGGAAGUAGUUUUAAUGCAAAUGAACCUAUAUCAUAUUUAAUGUAUUUCGACGUAAAUAAUCUCUACGGUUAUGCGAUGUCGUUUCCUUUACCAGAAGGGAAAUUUGAAUGGGUUGAUGAUGUCUACUCUAUUGUAAUUAAUGACAUUCCCGACGAUGGUGAGUACGGUUACAUAUUUGAAAUCGACCUAAUUUAUCCAGUAAAACUACAUAAAAAACAUCGUGAUUUACCAUUACUUCCGGAACAUUUAAUUCCACCAGCUUCCAAUUCAAAAAUGCAUAAAUUAAUGACCACACUUUACGAUAAGAAAAACUACAUUAUUCAUUAUAGGAAUUUAAAACAGGCGUUAAAUUUAGGUAUUGAAAUUGAAAAGGUUCAUCGUGUAUUAAAAUUUAAACAAUCACCUUGGUUAAAAAAAUAUGUCGAUUUGAAUACAAGUUUACGACAGGCGAGCAGAAACGAUUUUGAAAGAAAUUUCUACAAACUUAUGAAUAACGCUGUAUUUGGUAAGACAAUGGAAAACGUACGAAAAUAUAAGGAUGUUAAAUUGGUAACAAAAUGGUCCGGAAGAUAUGGUGCAAAUUAUUAUAUUUCACAACCAAAUUUCCAUAGUUGUACGAUAUUUGAUGAAAAUAUGGUACUUAUUGAAAUGAAAAGGCUAAAUGUUACAUUUAACAAGCCAAUAUACAUAGGAUUCUGCAUACUUGACAUUUCAAAAACUAUACUAUACGACUUUCAUUAUAAUUACAUUCAAAACAAAUUCUGUGAGAGGGCCAAAUUACUUUAUACUGACACAGACUCGCUAAUAUACCAGUUCUUUGUUGACGAUAUUUAUCAACAUAUAAAACAUGAUAUACAUAAAUUUGAUACAUCGGACUAUCCACCGAAUAAUAUUUAUAAUAUACCUUUAAAAAAUAAAAAAGUCUUAGGUCUUGUUAAAGAUGAACUUUGUGGUAAGAUAUUUUCUGAAUUCAUCGCUUUGCGAUCGAAAAUGUACGCUAUAAAAUUGUAUAAUGGUAAUGAUAAGGAGAAAAGUGAUGUAGAAGUUAGGAAAAAGUCUAAAGGUAUUACAAGGGCAGCAAUUAGAAAAAUUACAUUUGAAGAUUAUUUUAAAUGCUUAUUCCACAAUAGAACAACAGAAGCUAGCCAAACUUUAAUUUUGUCGAAGAAACAUAAAGUUCAUACCGUGCGACAGAAAAAAGUAGCACUUAGUCCACACGACGAUAAAAGAAUGGUAAACUAUAUUUACACAGAUACGUAUCCGUGGGGUUACAAAGAUAGCAUUUAAUAUACGAAUAACAGUAGUAUAGUUAGUACCUAUUUCAUUUUUUGUAAACAAUUUAGAUCAUAUUCUAGUCUAAUAAUAUGUAAACGGAAGGUAUUGUGAAAUGUGAUGUACUAUAUAUUAUAAAUAAUAAAAAUAUAUGUAUAAAACGAAUAUUUGUGUGUGUGUAAUUUACUACUUUAAAA